AUGUUAGGACUUUUGUUUUUCGGCAAACAGUGGUUUCCUAAGAAGGUUGGAAUUGCGGUUUCAUUUGUCUCUUGUGGUUUUGGUGUUGGUCCUCUUAUAUUCAACAACAUUAUAACAUCCUACCUCAAUCCUGAAAAUGUUUCUCCGAAUGAAAAUGGAUUUUUUACUGAUGAAGGAUUGUUAGACAGAGUCCCUACUGUCAUGUACAUUCUGACGGGAGUCUAUGCGGGCAUACAAGUUAUUGGUUGUAUACUUAUUAAACCUCAUCCAGAUUUUAAGAAAAAGAAAGGUUCACCUGUUAACAAGCUUAAAGACUCGUCGUUUAAGACAUCAGUUACAACUAUUUCUACUGAAGUCAGUGUCGGGGUAACAGACUAUUCCAAUGAAAACAAUCAACAAAAUUGUGGUAAUGGAGAUUACUCAAGUUCAGUGAAAACAUCAAACAACAAUGAUGAUACGAAAAUAUCCUACAAAGACUCAAAUGUUUUAAAAGUGCACAAUAGUAGCAAUUCUUUCAGUCCACCCUCUCAGCCUACACUUAAUAACAAACAUGCUGAAAAUGUUGUAGAACUUUCGGAAAAUUUUAAAAACAAAGAGACAGACCAAGAGAGCUUAACUUUUACAGUAAAUUUAUCAGAGAGUGAGAAGUACAACACGAAAAAUCCUGAGCUUUCAGAAAACUCAGGUGUUAAUGUUUCUUUUGAAAAAGAUAAUUCAACAACCAUUCUCUUUCACGACUCUGAAACUGGCACCAAAUUUUCGAGAACUUCACAAAAAGAAGAAGAACCAGCUCGACAGAACGAUAGUACGAAUAAUAUUUAUAACAACAUUCUGUCAAACAACUCAGAAAGAAGAGAAGAAGAACAGAAGUAUAACGAUAAACCAGGUGAAAAACACGAUAGUGACAGUGCUAGUGUAUCAGAAGGAACGAAAACAGCAAAGACAGAUGAAGAGAUUCUUCCAUCUUCCAGAAACAACAAUUAUCUUACAGUCCAUGAAGCUUUAAAGACGCGAGAGUUUUACAUUCUGGCAACUUGUAUGUUACUCCAGAUUCAAAUCAAUACUUAUUUUGUUACUCUGUUCAAGGCAUUCGGACAACUUUUCAUCAAUGACGAUUCAUUUUUAGGCGUCAUAUCUGGAUUUACGGGGCUGAUGAAUGCCAUUGGAAAGUUUUUGUGGGGGUUUUUGUUUGACAAACUUGGAUUCAAGAUCGUAAUAUGCAUCCUCAUCUUUUCAUCGACUAUUAUUCUGGGAAGCUUUCCUGCUACUCAGUACGGAGGAAAACCGAUGUGGGCCACAUGGGUUCUCUUACAAUAUUUCCUUUCAUCCGGACUCUGGCCUACGUUCCCUGCUGUGACGUCACAGGCCUUUGGGACCAAACACAGUGGCGCCAUUUAUGGACUUAUUUGUGGAAUACCGCAAAGUUUGAACAUCCUGGGAACCGUAAUUAUUACAAAACUUCAAGAUGAGUUUGGAUGGUUUGGUACAUGUGGGUACAUUAGUGGGCUUGGAUUCCUAAGCUUUAUACUGAUGUUAUUUUUCCCCCGGGAUCCCGAAGUCAAAAGGAAGUUAUUUCUGGAAGAAAAAAGGAAAAG